AGGACUCCCUAACUUCUGUUCCCUGCCCCCAAACACGCACCCCCGAGGUCGUGCGGUCUAGUUCAGCACACCCGCGCGUGGCACAGGCACGCCUGGCAGCAGGUCCGGGUCCAGGGCGAUGCCUGCAGGAGCCCUGGCGACUGGCUUCGGGCGGAGGGAGUAGGACCCAGCGGGGAGGCAGGAACGCUGCGGAGUUAGAGCCGCCGGCCGCGCCAGGGGCGGAGGCUGCCUUGGCUCCACGCACACCUGCUGCUGCCGCUUUGCCGCGAUGAUCCGUGUGGUCUCACUGCUGCUGGGAGCCGCGCUGCUCUGCAGCCACGGAGCCUUCUGCCGCCGGGUGGUCAGCGGCCAAAAGGUAUGCUUUGCCGACUCCAAGCAUCCCUGCUACAAAAUGGCCUACUUCCAUGAACUCUCCAGCCGAGUGAGCUUCCAGGAGGCACGCCUGGCUUGUGAGAGUGAGGGAGGCAUGCUCCUCAGUCUUGAGAAUGAAGCAGAACAGAAGUUAAUAGAGAGCAUGCUGCAAAAUCUGACAAAACCUGGGACAGGCAUUUCUGAUGGUGACUUCUGGAUAGGGCUUUGGAGGAAUGGAGAUGGCCAAACAUCUGGAGCCUGCCCAGAUCUCUACCAGUGGUCUGAUGGAAGCAGUUCCCAGUACCGAAACUGGUACACAGAUGAACCUUCCUGUGGAAGUGAAAAGUGUGUUGUGAUGUAUCAUCAACCAACUGCCAAUCCUGGCCUUGGGGGUCCCUACCUUUACCAAUGGAAUGAUGACAGGUGCAACAUGAAGCACAAUUAUAUCUGCAAGUAUGAACCAGAGAUUAGUCCAACCGAACCUGUAGAAAAGCCUUAUCUUACAAACCAACCAGGAGACACCCAGCAAAAUGUGGUUGUUACUGAAGCAGGCAUAAUUCCUAAUCUAAUUUAUGUUAUCAUACCAACGAUACCACUGCUUUUACUGAUAUUGGUUGCUUUUGGAACCUGCUGUUUCCAGAUGCUGCAUAAAAGUAAAGGAAGAACAAAAACUAGCCCAAACCAGUCCACACUGUGGAUUUCAAAGAGUACCAGAAAGGAAAGUGGCAUGGAAGUAUAAUGAUACGUUGACUUGCCUCCAGAAAACAAAAUAAUUUUAUAAUUCUGGAUCAGUAUAAGGAAUGGCAUCAGAACAUUAGCUUGGAAUGGCUUGAAAUCUCAAAGGAUCUGCAAGAUGAACUGUAAGCUCCCCCUUGAGGCAAAUAUUCAAACAACUUUUAUAUGUUUAUUAUUUCAUUUACAAAAUAAUAUGCUGUGCUA